AUGGAGGAUUUCGAGCAGAAAGCCAUCAAAACAGCAGCCAACCCCCCUACAUGGUGGAGACGAUAUGUGGACGAUACACAUACUAAACUGAAGAGGGCCCACUCACAACACUUCACUGACCACCUGAACAGCAUUGACGAUGACAUAAAGUGGGCCACAGAGCCAGAAGUCACCAUCCCUGUGAGCGAUCAGGAAACCGUCGGUGACAGGACCAAGAGAGCCCUCGCUUUCCUCGACACAUGGUCUGUGGUCAAUGAAGAUGGCAGCAUUAAAACCAGGGUCUUCAGAAAGGCAACCCACACAGACCAAUACCUUAACUUCCAGAGCAACCACCCGCUUGAACACAAAAUGGGGGUGGUGAGGACAUUGGUCCAUCGUGCAGAAGCCAUCGUCAGCGAUCCCAAGGAUAAGGGAGUGGAACUCCAGCACGUCAAAACUGCCCUGUCGUUCAACGGUUAUCCUAGUUGGAUCCUGAAAGAUCCCAAGCAUCAGGUUCAGGCAGAACAACAACCCACGCCUCCUACUAGAACCCCCAGCACAGCGAAGAAACGGUACGCGGUUGUCCUCCCUUACAUUAAAGGUUUCUCGGAAGAACUAAGGAGAAUCCUCAAAGGCUAUAACAUCCACGCCUAUUUUAAGCCAACCAACACCUUGAGGGAACUCUUAGUGCGACCUAAGGAUAAGCUGGAUAAACACCAAGUCACUGGACCCGUGUAUCACAUCCCAUGCGGGGACUGCCCAGCUUCAUACGUAGGGGAGACAGAACGAUCGCUUAAAGCUAGAUUCCUGGAAAACAGACGCCCGAGCUCCACCACUUCAGUGGUGUCACGCCACAUUCACACCGCGGAACCAGGACAUAACAUUGACAUUGAAAACGCCAAAGUGUUGGAGGUUGAACCGAGGUGGUACGAACGAAGAGUGAAGGAGGCGAUUCACAUUCGUACGUUGCAACCCACUCUUAACAAGGACGGCGGCCGACACAAUCGCUCUCCAAUCUGGAGUAACAUAUUGAGGACCAGAGUCAGGAGGGGGGCACAGUCGAAUUCGGGAUCCCCGCCGAUCACUACGCCCGAUGACGUCACGAGUGAUCAUGUGACCAAGGACUCAGCUGAGUCCGAAAGCUUAUGA